CUGACUGUCAAUGCUUUGCAUGUGUCACUUAAAUUUUUGCUAUGAUUAUGAAUUUAAUCAUCACGCAAAAAAUGUAAAUAAUUAGGGUCCAAACACAUAUAAAAAUUAACAAUCAUUGUUCUGUAGUUAUUUUUUGUAAAAGCAUUACAAAUGCAGCUUUCACAUGCUGCUAAAAUGCAGAAGAGGGAAGGACGAGAUCCCGCCCGUGACAAGGAAUCUCAGGAACAGGUUAAGAGGGCUUCUAAAACUAGUGCAGCCGGUAGAUCGGGAAUGCAUUCCAGCCGUCAUAGUGUGACAAGUUCUACUGGAGUUCUGAUGGUUGGCCCUAAUUUCAGAGUUGGAAAGAAGAUAGGAUGUGGAAAUUUCGGGGAACUGAGAUUAGGGAAAAAUCUAUAUACCAACGAGCAUGUAGCCAUUAAGAUGGAACCAAUGAAGUCGAAGGCUCCACAACUACAUUUAGAAUAUAGAUUUUAUAAGCUCCUGGGGAAUCACGAAGGAAUCCCGGAGGUCUACUAUUUUGGACCAUGCGGGAAGUACAACGCCCUGGUCAUGGAGCUCCUCGGCCCUUCCCUGGAGGAUCUGUUCGAUGUCUGCGGCAGGAGGUUCACUCUCAAGACUGUUUUAAUGAUCGCAACUCAACUUUUACAUAGGAUAGAAUAUGUUCAUGGUCGUCAUCUCAUUUAUCGAGAUGUGAAGCCAGAAAAUUUCCUUAUUGGUAGGGCUAGUACUAAAAAAGAUAAAAUUAUACAUAUUAUAGAUUUCGGUUUAGCAAAAGAAUAUAUAGAUUUAGAUACGAACAAGCAUAUACCUUACCGGGAACAUAAAAGUUUAACGGGGACGGCUAGGUAUAUGAGUAUUAACACGCAUUUAGGUAAAGAGCAGAGUCGGCGAGAUGACUUGGAAGCCUUGGGACAUAUGUUUAUGUAUUUCUUACGCGGUUCCUUGCCUUGGCAAGGGCUUAAAGCUGAUACCCUUAAAGAACGCUACCAGAAAAUAGGUGAUACGAAAAGAGCUACUCCUAUAGAAGUUCUGUGUGAAGGACAUCCUGAAGAAAUGGCUACAUACUUAAGGUAUGUCAGGAGGUUGGACUUUUUUGAAACGCCUGAUUAUGAAUAUCUACGGAAACUUUUCCAGGAUUUGUUUGAAAAGAGAGGUUAUAUCGAUGAUGCAGACUUCGACUGGUCAGACAAAACGAUGUCGACUCCAGUGGGUUCAUUGCCAACAGGUCAUGAAAUCGUAACAUCGCCUAACCGUCACAUUCCUGGAAACAAGGGUGGUGUCAAAGGAGUCCCAGCUUGGCCAGACGUCUCAAAACAGCCAAGUCACACCCUAGGAAAUCUUACACCUGCCGAUAGGCACGGCUCUGUUCAGGUUGUCAGUUCAACUAAUGGAGAAUUGGCAAACGAUGAUCCGACUGCUGGCCAUUCAAAUACGCCUAUUACUGCUCAAGCAGAAGUUGAAAUUGUGGAUGAAACAAAACCUUCCCUGUCUUUAUUCAGGUGCUGCUGCUUUUUCAAGCGGAAGAAGAAGAAAGGUGGGCGCGGGAAGUGACUAGGGGUGGUUGAAUGCAGCCCAGAAAGAGAGGCAGUGACUUUGCUCCAGGCGACAUCGCAGUCGAAUUCACGGGAUUCUGUCCUCAACCCUCCACCUCCGCCCAUCACCUCAGGCGCCUCAUAAUCUUCAAUCUUGAUCAGUUAUUGGUUUACUCCUUGUAGGAUUUUUUCCCCCAUAUUACAUUUAGAAAAAAAAAAAAACAUAUUUUUUUGUCACUGUCAGAUUUUAUAUAUUUUUUUAUUUUAAUUUUUGUGGAUAUUCCAUUUUUUUUCUUUUUUAAACACUGUUAGCACUUUCACGAUAAUCUUAAAUAUGAAGGAAUAUUGCAUUUUGAGUCAUUUUUUUUUCUAGUAUUAGUUAAUUGUUAAGAUGUUAAGAUAUUUUGUAUCAAUUAAUUUAUUUUAUAUCCAUCGUCAUAGGAUUCAACUGACGUCAGUGAUUAUUUUAGAUGUAUAUUUCUGUAUAUUUUAAUUCUUAUGUGUGUGCGUGUGUGUGUGAAGUUAUUUUCAAACAUUUUCACUGUAUUUAUAAACAGGGUUUAUAUAAUUGUUCCCAUUUUCUCAAGAAUAAAGCAGUUGACUGAGAUUAAAAUAAUGUUAAUGGUAACUCUAGAUUUAAAAUUGAGGAAGGUGUGAUUUUAAAAAGCAAAGACCAAAUGAAAGAAUUGUUAUUUAUUGAUAAUAAUCUUCGUAAUGGAGGUGCCCGAUUUCCCAGUUCCUAAGUGAGUCCAAGUGGGAACGGACAAAGGUGAAAAUACAAUUACUCUGUGUCUAAUGUGAAUUGUAGAUAUUAUUAUGAUGAGACAGAUUAUUGUUUUGUAUAAAGUUGUUAAAACGUGUAAAAAAAAGUAAAAAUAAAAACAAAAAAAAAUGAAAUUGUGAGGAAUUGUAACUCACAUAAAAGCGGUUUGCAAAUUUACAAUAAAGAUAAGUGGCCUAGUUUUAGUAUACCAAUGUAAAGGCCAAUUCUGUUACUUAAAACCUCAUGUAAUUUAAAUAAAUUAAGAUUCUGAGAAAUGUUGCCCUUGAUUUGUUAUACUUCCAAUUAUAUUUUGAUAAAUAUAUAUAUUCAUACUACUUAUUUUAACUAUAUGUCGAAAUGAGACUCACAAAAGUACACUUGAGUAUGCCUUACAUUAGUAGUGUAUACACAGUAAACUUUUUUGAACACGAAAUUUGUUAACGUGAUUAUGUUAUUUAAAGUGGUGCGCUAAUACAUACCUGUCUUGUUGGAGAGGCCUAGGUGCGAGUCGAACACUAAUGUUGUAAAUUAGUCAGUGGGACAUAUCAGGUCCAUUUAUUGCUAAUAUUUCUUAUAAGUAUCCGCCUUUACUAGCAUAUGAAGUUAAGAAUUCAAAUUAACAUUUAGGCUCAUAAGUGAACACUGGCACGAGUGGGCUAAGUUCAAUUUAGUACAACUUUUAAAAAUGUUAUUCAUUGAAUAUCUUGGGCUAAGACUUUUUUUUUUAUAUACAUUAUAUUAAGCUUUCAAGCCAAUAAAAUAUAAAUUUUGUGAUCAAAGUUAAAUUAGGAUUAUUACUUGGAUAAGUUAAUGUGUAUUCAUAAUACCACAAAUUGUUAAAAUGUGCUUUAUUUUCAACUUAAGAAAUAAAGUGAUGUAUUUAUUGCAAAUUAAAAGAAAUCUUGUUUAAAGUUACAUGUUAUAAAGUAUAAUAGCUAAUACAUCUUGAAAAAGGAUGUACGAAAUUGUAAAUUAUUGUACAUCUCAGUUAAUAUUUAAUAUUUAUAUACUGAUGAUUGUAAAGGACAAACCGUUCUUCAUUGUUCGUUUUACUUUAUUUUAAACUCGGGAGGAAAUUCUUCCUCUUUCAUAGCUUGAACCGAAAUUACUUUAAAAUUUUUUGAUUACUUGAAAUUUGCUUGUUUUGUUACUUAAUAAAGGACACACAAGAUCAAGAGAAGAUAUUGUUACUUCUAAAGUGUCUGUAUUUUUUCUAAAUAAAAAUAUAUACUAAUUAUAUUUUAUUGAUUGAACUAAUUAGAUUAUUAUGAUACUUUAAUAGUUUUAAUUUUUUGUUAUGAACUUAGCAAGUGAUGUAAAUAAUCUGUUGUAAUGGCUGCCUCUUCAUCAAUUUCCAGGAUUAUUUUUCUAUAAUAGAACAAUUAUAAUCAUAUCAAAAUAUUUUAACUCAUGAUUUGAUAUUUCAAUAUUGAUUUAGAAUUGUACAGUUCAGGGACCGAAACACAAUUAACUAUUGACCUAAAAAUAAAGAAAUUAAUUUUGGUGAAAUAUAAGUUCCAAUACAACACUUAUUUUCAAAACACAUGCAACUAUAUUUCAAUAGAAAAUUAUACUUGAAUAUUUAUUUCAAAGAAAAUUAUUGUUAGUGGAUCAUUUUAAUUAUAUAUUAUCUAGUACAAUUCCGUGUAGAUUCAGUUUAACACAACUCAAUUUUUUUUUUAUGCUCAUUAAAAAAUGGGUUGGAAAUUAAAUUAUUUUCAUUCUGAUAACAAAUACAAUUAUUGGAUUACAAUGAGCUUUUGUUGUAGGAAUGUAAUCUUUUCUUUUGGGUCAUCUUGCAUUAACAAUAACACAAAAAAAUAACCGUAGCAAAACAAAUUCUUAUCAAAGUUAUCAUAACUAAUCAUAAAAUUAAAUUUGUUUCUUUAAUAAUUUUUUCGUACAGUGCAUUCCAAUAAAAUAUAUUAAAGUUAAAACUUUGAUAUAUAUAUAUAAAAAAAAAAACAAUAACUAUUUUUCUUUUUCAGAUAUUUUUAAACACUGUUCUGUCUAUGCGAAAUCGAGUAACUGAUGUAUCCCAACUUUUUAGGUGUGUCAAAAAAAAAAAAAACUUUCUUUAUAUUUAAUUUUUUAAAUUUAACAAUUGAUAAAAUAUUGAGUGAAAACGAAUAGUAAUUAUUUUUGUUGAAAAUAAAGUUAUAAAAUGACCUAAAAUUGUUUCAGUUUGACAUGAGUCAGAAAGUUUAUUUUGUGACAUAAUAAAAGUUAUUUCUUGGUCCCUGAUAUAAUUAUUAUGGAUUUUAUUUAUUAUUUAAAAUCUAAUAUUUGUGCAGUAGAAUGAUGUGAUCAUAUUUCUGUAUAAUGAUUAUAUUCAAUAUCCAAGUAAGACUAUUCAUUCAUCUUAGUUAAAAUUUAUGGUAAUGGAAAGUCAGGAGCAGGGAAUGAUUGUUGAAAAUGAGAUAGCUACUCAUAGGAACCUCAAUAUAUUGAACUCGAAGGAAAAAAGGAUCCUUGAUUACAGUUUAAAUUAAAAAAAUUUUCUCUCAAUUGAUUCAAGAAUGGCAGAUUUUCAUUACCGUGCAAAUAAAAAGUAAAUAAAUGAAAUAAAACAGUUUUUUAAUUUUGAAGGAUUUGUCCAGAGUUGGAGAAAAACAUCUAAUGAUACAGAGACAUCCAACUGUAAUUUUACAUAAAAGUUUUUUCAAACUAUGUAUUUAAUUCCAAAUUUCAUGUCUACAAAAUUUAUAUAUACAUUCAAUAAUCAAUGAUAAAGUACUAAUAAUAUUUAUUUAAAUAGUGAUAGUUCUUAUUUUUGUUUGAUAUAAAGAAGUUUAUUUAAUGUUAACAUUUUUUUCUUUUGCAAAUUUAAGGCUCCAGAAAAUAAAGUAUGAAUGUUCAAUAUAUAG